AUGAAUACAGACCAAAAUAUAACUCAGUUGAAUAAUAUGCUAAGGAAUGUGGAUUGGAACAGUGUUCUAAGGACACUUCAUAGUUAUGGCAAAUUCUCAAAAAAACAGAAACAUUCUGAAAGUGUCAUUCAGAACUCAAAUAAUAUCUCCAAAACAUCAUGGUCACUAGUAAAUAGAGAAAUAGGUAAAUCUGGGAAACAUACAACUGAAAAACACUUGCUGAUAAAUGGCACAAUAGUAACUGAUCAGAAUAAGAUAGUAGAUCUAUUUAACAAUUACUUUGCUUCUGUUGGCUCCAGCAUAAACAAUCAGUUUAAAAACCAUAAAUACAAAUUCAGAAGAAGACCAGUGUCAGGAAGUAUAUUUUUGAUGUCAACAAGUAAAGAAGAAAUAAUUAAAAUAGUGAGUAGCUUAAAGAAUUCCCAUGCAGCAGGAUAUGAUGGUCUUAGUCUGGACACUCUUAAGAAAUGUUUACAUAAAAUUGCAUCACCUUUAUCAACAGUUAUCAAUUCUCAUAUGGAAGAUGGCCUAACCGCCAAAGUAAUAUACAUAAGAAUCUGGAACUUCCUGGUAUGCAAAAAAGUGAUUUCUAAGGGGCAGUAUUGGUUUGUCAAGGGGUCAUCCACCAUUACAGCAGCAUCCAACUUAAUUGGAGGUGUCACUCAAGCAAUAGAUAAUAAAGAACAUGUAUGCGGCAUCUUUCUAGACAUACAAAAAGCAUUUGACUGUGUUGAUAUGACCAUAUUGCUGGACAAACUGUGGAAAUAUGGUAUUCGAGGCACAGCUCAUAAUCUGAUGAAGUCCUACUUGACAAAUAGGAAGCAGUUUGUGUCUAUUAGCACUGCAGAGGGAGCAUACAAAUCAAACACCACUGACAUAAAUUUUGUGAAGAUAGAAGUUUUUCAGCACCAUAAGGAUGACAGAUCAUCAUCUGGGUUCAGCACAGCCAUCACAAGCCCAUUUACUGUUAAAUUUCAAAAAUCAGUAGGUUUGGAUGCAUUUGUGCCCUUUAUGAGUUGA